CUGACCCGCAGGGAGCUUUGAAGAUGGCGGCGCCCGCACCUCUGCUCCUGCAGGAGAACCCCAGCACGAAAAAAGCAGUGUCGCUGAUAAAUGAGAUAGAUAUAGGAAGAUUUCCUCGAUUGCUCACCCGAAUUCUUCAAAGACUUCACCUGAAGACCGAGAACAGUUUCAGUGGUGAAGAGGAAGAGAAACUUCAAGCGGCAUUUUCUCUAGAGAGACAAGAUCUUCAUCUGGUCCUUGAAACAAUAUCAUUCAUUUUGGAACAGGCAGUCUAUCACAGCAUGAAGCCGGCCGUUCUGCAGCAGCAGUUAGAGAACAUUCAUCUUAAUCAAGCCAAAGCAGAAGCAUUUGCCAACGCAUGGUCUUCUAUGGGCCAAGAAGUGGUUGAAAAAUUCAGGCAGAGGAUUCUUGCUCCCAACAAGCUGGAGACGGUUGGAUGGCAGCUUAACCUUCAGAUGGCCAGCUCUGCUCAAGCAAAACUAAAAUCUCCCCACGCCGUGAUACAGCUAGGCGUGAGCAAUGAAGACUCAAAGAGUCUGAAGAAAGUGGUUAUGGAAUUUAAUCACAAGGAGUUGUUUGAAUUUUAUAACAAGCUCGAGACUAUACAAGCUCAGCUGGAUUCCCUCACAUGAAGAUUGGUUUCUCCGCCACGUUCCCGCCACCUCAUCUGGUUGUGUUUUCUGAAUAAUUUGGUGGCUUUCUUCUUGUAAAUUAAGUGAAUAUUGCUUCUUAGAUGAGAAAUAGCCAAGAGAUACCACUUAGCGAGUACUAACGUUCUAAUAAAUGUUUUCUACUUGUGUGAGCCUAUUGCAAGCAGUUGUUAAGAAUACUUGCUUUAUACUGAAACAGAUCAUGUGAAUACUGUAUUGCUUUUUCCUAUUGUAUCGAUGUUUUAUUGCCUGCCCUGUUUUCUUUUUAUGCAUUUGUUCACUGCUCUUUUCCAGAAAUAAAGGGUCUAAUGUAACCUUA